ACCACCUAGCCACCCCAGACUCCCCGGCGAUCGGAUCAAUGGCGGACGUGGCGGCGGUGACACCGGAGAAGAAGCUCACGCUGAGGAGCUCCGACGGCGAGGAGUUUGUGGUGGAGGAGACGGUGGCGAUGGAGUCACAGACCAUCAAGCACAUGGUCGAGGAUGACUGCGCCAACAACAUCAUCCCCCUCCCCAAAGUCAAAGCCGAGAUCAUUGCCAUGGUCAUCAAGUACUGCAAGCAGCACGUCCAGAAGCACAGAGCCGAAGCCACAGACUCCACCGCCAAGGCCUCCGAGCGGGACCUCAAGACCUUCGACAAGGAUUUCGUCGACGUCGAGCAACGCGUCCUCUUCGACCUCAUCUUGGCUGCGAACUACCUGGACAUCAAGGGCUUGCUGGAUCUGACCUGCCAGAAGGUCGCUGACAUGAUAAAGGGGAUGACUCCAGAGGAGAUCCGCAAGACCUUCAUCAUCAAGAACGACCUCACCAAAGAGGAAGUGGAUGAACUCCGGAUGAAGAACCAGUGGGCCUUCAAGUGAAGA